UGGGAAUUUGCCCCAGACGAAGAUGUCCAUCUAUACCCUCUUCCUCGAACGGUUAAAGAGGGCAAGGGUAAAAGCCCAGUGUUUUUUUACUUAGUUGUUUCUUUUCAAGUCUUCAAUAUUUAAUCUGUUUCUAAUGUUUGUUUCUUCUUGCAAACGUUUGUAAGUUACUGAAAGACUUUCGCCAAUCCUACGUUCUUAGCAAGGAUCUGAAAAGGCUCCUGGACUUGCCUGUCCACAAAAGAAAAGCACCUCUCCUUCUGAACUUUAUUCCGACAUACAAAUCCACACUGCCCGACGUCCCAAAAAGAAAGAAGAAGAGCCUAUCUCCUCCCUCUGCUACCACUCUUCAAAUAGCAUCAACAUCUCGGGCUGACCAAAGGUCAACCUCGGAUCCAGCCGACCAACCAUCAACUUCAGCCCCAUACUUAAUCCCAAUACCAGAAAGAAAGCGUCGGCGACGACUCGUCAAAACUGCUGAGAUGGGUCGCCCGAAGCCUGUUGCCCAAGAUCUCCUAGCCGACCUUCCCACGGAUGUUGACGCUCAACCGACGCAAACCAUGCCCCCACCAAAGCCAAAAAGAAUCAAAAAAGCUCAGCCCAAGGCCAAAGCUACUGAGGUUGAGGCUGAGGAUGCUCUGUCCAUCUCUAAACUGGCUGAGAGUAAGAAGACUUCUUCUGCUUCUGCAAAAAGGUCUGCUGAAAACCCACCCUCUGAGUCCACACAGACAAAAAAACCAAGAUUGGCCUCAGCUACUACCUCGGGGUCCAAGAAACCGGAUGUCCCUUGGGCUCCCAAAAUUACUUUGGAAGACAGGCCAAUUAUGUCUAGUGAAAGUGCCGACGACAUAAAUGUCGGCAUUGCCCUCAGCACGGCGUUGCUUCUUCCGGGUGACCUCGAGCGAAAUGCUGAGUACAGUAAGUACGAGAAUUACGCUCUAAUGCUCCAGCACUCCGUUCAAGCCAUUCAGCAUGCCCAUUCGUUUUCCAUGCAAGCUUUUGAAAACAGGACAAAGUUGGUUGAUCUGAGGAGAGAGGUUUCUGCCCUUAAAAAGGAAAACAAAUCUCUUCAAUUAAAGAUGAAAAAACUGGAAGACCAGGCUGAGGCUGCCACCAAAGCCCAAACCCUUGCCGAGGAAAAGGCUGAAUCUGCCGAGGCUAUUAGAAAGGUUGCUGAGGCCGAGAAGAAAGAGGCCGAGGACAAAAAGGCCCAGGCGGAAAAGGAACUUCAAGAUGCUUUAUCUACUAAAAAUGCCGAAAUCAAGGCGGUCGACGAAAAGGCCUACGCCCAGGGUAUGGCCGACGUUACUGAGGAGUAUAAACUUCAAGUCAGGUAGGCCUGCAACAGGGGCUUCUCCCUUGGUUGGAUGUCCCUGAUAAAGAAACUUGAUCUUCUUGCUGACUCACC